AUUAAACAAAUACACGGAAAGAAAAAAACACAGGCUUUUCUCUGCUGUGCAUGUAUAUACACACAUCCAUCGAACAACCCCACAUCGUACCAUUCGAAUCGAUUCUGCUGGCGAUCAAGCGCGGCUCUGAAGAAGGGAUUGAGGGUUUCUGAGUUCUGAGUUCGAUUGUUACAAUCAAAGGCUCCCAAUACUCAGAUUCAUUCUACUUCGGUGAAUAUAUAUAUAUAUAUAUGUAUCAAAUUAUUGUAUUAAUGAUGAUCAAGUAGGUUCAAUGAGGGUUUGUGAUUACGCUCGAUUAAGUCGGUUUCAGAGGAAUUGGUAUCUGGGUUUCUGUGGGUUUUUGAAUUGUUUUGUUGGGUCGAGAAGUUAUUUGCGAUAGGAGUGUGAUAUGUUGGACUUUAGGGAAGGUGUUUUUUUGGGGUAGGGUUAGGGUUUUUGGGGCUAGAGUUAGGGUUAGGGUUUGUUGGUGUUCUGGAGGGUUGAUAUGGAAGAUACAGAGCUUGAAGAGGGCGAAGCUUGCUACUACAAGGACGAUACAAGCGUUGACCCUGACAUAGCUCUCUCUUACCUUGAUGAGAAGCUUCACAGUGUGUUGGGGCAUUUUCAGAAAGAUUUUGAGGGCGGGGUUUCUGCAGAGAAUUUGGGGGCGAAAUUCGGUGGGUAUGGUUCAUUUUUACCCACUUAUCAGCGUUCUCCCUCAGUUCGGCCUCAGUCAAAGACUCCACUGAGAGUUCAGAAUUUCAGCUCACCAAGAUCUCCUGAUGUCUUGCCCAUCGAGCGUGCUCCCCAGAAUUCUACAGCUCCCUCAGAUGCUGCUCAAUCUCUAAGGCUUAACACUGCUUCCUGCAGUUUGAACAAAUUGCAUACUGCAAGGGCCUCAUCAGGGGAUAUUUCAGCCAAACAAAAUUCGUGCUUGCCUUCUGCUGUAGUUAUUGAAAAGUUCCCUAUGAAACAUGAACCUGUUUCGAUUAAGCCAGUUAAUCCAACUGACCAGAGAACACUGAAGGUUCGAAUCAAAGUGGGUUCUGAUAACAGAGCAAGGAAAAAUGCUGCAAUCUAUAGUGGCCUUGGGCUUAUUUCUCCAUCAUCGUCAAUGGGGAACAGUCCUGAUGAGAGCGGUGGGAUGUCAUCUGAAUGCCAAGAGAACGUGGAUGAAUCUCUUCACAGCAUACUUCAGAGUAUGACAUCUUUUCCAGUCCCUGGUGGCUUUCUUUUGUCACCUCUCCAUGAGAGUUUACUUUGCUUGGCAAGAAAGGAAAAACUUUCACAAAACAGUAAGCCUGUUGCUGCCAUCAAGAGUGGGCAAGAGCAUGCUGUUGCGUUAGCAGAUGAUUCAGCUUCCUUGAUGGGGGAUAGUAAAGUGCCAAAAGACAAGAAAGCAAAGAUAGUGGAGAAGAGUGACAAUUUGAUAGUGUUGAAGCAAAAACUUGGUAUGGAUUUUGAUGAUAAAAGAACUACUAUUGUGAAGCGCGAAGUUGAUAUUGAAGUGCGAAAUGUGGAAAAUGAGUCCCUGGACCAGAAAGGGUGUUUCUCUAAUGACACAAAACCCAAGCGUAUUUCAAAUUCAGUAUGCAAUGUUGUGGACAGUGUGAAAGGUGCUGCCAUGGCACCUGGGAUCCCUAGGGAAGCUGGGAGAAACAUAUCAUUGAAGAAGAGGGAAGUGACUAAGGAUGGGAUGGAAGACAGAUUAUCAACUGGGCUAGUUAAGGAGUCCGAGUCAUUAUCUGAUCAAAAGGGUGGUAAGUAUGAAAAGGCAGAAUUGAGGACUAGGAGUAGUUCAAUGGAGAAGAUUUGUGAAAGCAGAUUAAAAAAUUAUCAUAGGAACGUUUCAGCCGAUCUUAGAGAAGAUGUCCAGAGCAAAGGAAACAAAGUUUCUGACCCAUCGAAAGCUGACACUGAUGUUUCUAAGUGCAGGAGAGAUCAUAAUGUUGGGGCAAUGGAUCAUUCCAGUUACAAGGUUGGUCAGACAACUACAUAUCAUGGACAGGUUGAAGCUAAAAUGCCUCAUGGCAUGGUAAAGUUUUCAUUUGAGGGCAAAAAUAAGUCGAAGGGAAGCCACAGUAAUGGUAAGUCGGCUUCUGAAGCUGAUGAAAGCUUGAUGACCAGAGCAUAUGAAGUGCCAAAAGAGAAGAAGAAAGCUGCUAAAAUGCACAAUUCAAAGUCACAGAAGGAUAUUCAAGAUGGCCAUGAUAACCGUAAAGAUCUACUGCCCAAAACAAGAGUAGAACAGAUGAAUAACCAAAUAAAUUCAUUGGAGAGGCCAUUUGGUGAUAAGCCAAAGAGAUCUAACCCUGAGGCUGUUGAGAAAGAACAAUGUGCAUCAUUGGAUAAAUUGAAGGAGAUAUCUACUUGUAAGAAGGUUGAUACCCAGUUGACAUCUGAAACUUGUUUGAAAGAGGCUGCAAAUGAUGUCCAUCCUUCUGCUAAAGGAGUUACUUCUGAGAUGGAACCGACUUCAGUGCCUCUUGUAGUUAUAGAAGAAAAUUGGGUCUUAUGUGAUCGUUGUCAUAAGUGGCGCCUUCUACCAGAUGGUACCAAGCCAGACCAACUUCCCGAAAAUUGGUUGUGUAGCAUGCUUAACUGGCUGCCUGGAAUGAACCGUUGUGAUAUCAGUGAAGAAGAGACAACAAAAGCUCUCUAUGCAUUAUACCAGCUUCCGCUUCCUGAGAGUCAGAAUAACCUUGAGAAGCAUGUCGAUAGAACUGCAGCUGGAGCAUCUUCAGCUGAUGCCUUGCAUUUGAACCAGAACCAUCUGAACCUUAGUUCCCAUGGCCUGCUUAAUCCACGAAAGAAGAAACAGGGAUCAAAAGGAACACCUUGCGCAGCCAGUAAUGGUGUUCCAAUUCAGAUUUCAGGCUCUACUAAAAACAUUCAAGAGGAGAUGGUGAAAUGCAGAAGCUUAAAUGACAUGAAGCAGACCAUUUCGGAGUCCAAUUUAAUGAACAACUGUAGUGUUGAGCAUUUGAGCAAGUCUCGCAUUAUCCCUAUGGAAAGAAAUACUCAUAAACAGAAAGAAAAGCAUGUAAAUAGUGGUGAUGCCAAGCAAAAAAGGCUGAAAAGCAAGAGAGAAGCUGACCAGUAUGUGUAUGGGACUACAAAGAAAAUUAAGGCUGAUGUUGCAUUUGGUAUCAAUAAGUAUGGCACUACCGAACCUACUGGGAACAUUGAUAAGGUAGGUCGUGGUUUGCCAACUAUGGCAGCUGUUAGGAGCACGGAGAAACACAAUGGACAUUUUUACUCCAAGGAUGCCAAGUCUGACUGGAAGGAAAAGGUUCAAAUUUCUGCAAAGAAACGGGAAGAAUGCACUUCAAUAUCACUUCACACUGGGUCGUUGGAUAUGAAAAAGUAUGAUGAAAGAGAAUUAUCUCUGAAGAAGAGGAAAUUAAAGGAUUGGCAGGAAAGUCAGAAUUAUGUAGAGGCAUCACGAGACAAUGGUAAUCAUCUAACUGAGAGCAAGGUCUUCGUAAAGGAGGAGUCUAGUGAUAGUGAAUUCAGGAAGGCAAAGAAAUUAAAGGUGUCUAGGACAGAGGGGAAGCAGUCCAGUACAAGCAAGGGUGAAGAUAGAUUAAAAAGAGAAAAUAAGGUGACCGAAACCUUCUUGUCGUCUGGUAAUAGAGAAAACCCAGUUCAUGGUUGGGUAGAGGCCGGGAAUAUUGUGAAGGAUCAACAGCCAAGGAAACACAAAACAAAAAUUGCAUCUAAACCAGCCUCUGAUGUUGUGGAUUCAUUGAAAAGGGAUUUGGGAUCUGAACAAUUUUCAAGGGCGGCCACUUCAAGCUCUUCAAAGGUCUCAGAUUCUCGUAAAAGUAGGGUCCUCAUACCUGAAGUGAAAGGCUCACCUGUAGAAUCAGUUUCCUCAUCUCCCAUGCGGACUUCCAAUUUAGACAAGCUUUCACCUGCAAGAAGGCACAUCAAUUCAUUGGAGAGGCCAUUUGGUGAUAAGCCAAAGAGAUCUAACCCUGAGGCUGUUGAGAAAGAACAAUGUAACAUUGAGAGCAAUCGAUAUUGGGAAGCAAGGAGAGAAGUCUUUGGUGUCCCUCAUUCAGAGCCUCUGGAAUUUCCCGUGCUAGAUUUUCAGGACAACAAUAGUCAAAAGUUUGGUGGCAAAUUUAAAUCAAGGGUCAAAUCUCCUUCUGAGUUUCAGAAUGGCCAUUUAGUUAGGAGUGAUGCUAAUAACGUGGAGAACCCAUGUGCAGGUGAUCUGCAUGCUUCGGACCAUUGCAACAAUGAGAAUAGAUUGAACCAGAAUCAUUAUCAUGAUAAUCCAGAAAAACCCGGAAAGCGUUCCUCUCUGCUGUCCAAGGACAAUGAUAGAAUUUCCAUGAACAAUUUUGAAAGGGUUAAGUCAAAGGUAUCUGAUCCACCUUGUGAGAUGGAUGCAUUGAAUCCAAAGCAGAGCCUGAGGGAUGGGGUAGAGAUUGGCUCAUGCCAUGUUGCACCACCGCCUGAAGAACCGAGUCAUUUAAAAUGCAGGAUUAAACCCAUCAAGGAUGACAAGAGUGUUGGUACCAAGGGUUCUGGAAAAUGGGAAAGUGACAAUGGAAGAGAGAAUCAAUUGGAAUUCGUGGAGCAUAAUAGUUCAGCUGUGAAAUUUGGUGCCCAUUCCCUCAAAGAUAGCAGGGUAACUAAGAUUACCCCACAGCAGAACCUGAUUCAGGAUUUUGAGGGUGAAGUACAGAAAAGUGAUCCCACCCAAGUGGAAUCAAGGGGAGGGAAUUCACAAGCUUUCCUGUGUCAUGCAGGUAAACAAGACCCACCAGCUCAUGUUCCCCAUUCAGCACCUAGAUCGCUGAAAGGAAGUGCUUUUGAUGUAAUUCCAGUUGAUUCUUCUGGUCAUGGUGACUUAUCAGAGGUGUUAAAACAACCAAAAAAUGCUGUUAACCACCUGGGACAUCCUGUGCCUAACCGGCGUGCGGUCAGGGAUGCCUCCAGUCAGGUUGCUAGUAAUGUUUUGAAAGAAGCUGAAGAUCUCAGAGACAAUGCUGAUCGUUAUAAGGGUUUUGGGUUUGGUUUUGAAUGUAACUUGACAUACUUCCUAGCUGCCUUGAAGUUUCUUCAUGGUGCUUCCCUUCUUGAAACCUGCAACGGUGUUAGUAGUAAACAUGGAGAGAUGUCUCAAAUGCAAAUCUAUAGUAAUGCUGCCAAACUUUGCGAAAUCUGUGCCCAUGAAUAUGAGAAGCGCCGAGAAAUGGCUUCCGCUGCAUUGGCCUAUAAAUGCAUGGAGGUAGCAUACUUGAGGGUAGUUUGUUGCAAAAAUGCCAGUACAAAUAGAGAUCGGCAUGAUUUGCAAGCAAGUUUACAAAUGGCUCCUCAAGGUGAAUCUCCUUCAUCUUCUGCAUCAGAUGUUGAUAACUUGAACAAUCAAGCAAUGGUGGAUAAGGCUGCUCUUUCUAAAAGCAUCGGUGCUCAUGCUGGAAACCAUGCUAUUGUUGCUCACAACCGUCCCAACUUUGUUCGACUGCUCGACUUCACAAAGGAUGUAAAUUCUGCAAUGGACGCCUCCAGGAAAUCCCAGGAUGCUUUUGCAGCUGCUAAUGUAAUUCUGGAAGAGGCUCAGAAUAGGGAGGUCAUUAUUUCCAUUAAGAGGGUCAUUGAUUUCAGUUUCCAAGAUAUAGAGGAACUAAUAUCUUUAGUGCGGCUUGCAAUUGAGGCCAUCAGUCGCCAUGGUUUCACUGGCAAUAAGGAUUAAGUGAACCUUGUACAUAGCUCGCUUCUCUGUUUUUAUAUUGCCAGUGAUCAGGCAUGAAGAUAAGGGGAAAAAGAUUGGGUGUUGCACUUGGAAUCAUUUGAAGAGACGGGACAAUAACAGCUCAUAUCUUUGUGUACAUGUGUACAAAAUGAGAUUGAUUUGCAAUUUUUGUAAUUUAGUAGUGAAUUUUCCAGGUUUUUUUUUUUUAAAUUUUAUUAUGUGACGAGCAUAACGUGCUCGCCCUUGCUUUGUAUGGGGUAGGGGGAAGGGGCGCAUAUAUACAGUUUAGUUGUUCGGCAAGAAGACUUGGAGGUGGUUAUGUGAGAGUGCAGUUUGAAGUUUUUAGGCAAUCCGUUGAUUCAGAGCUGGAAAAAGAUAAUAUUACAGAGAUUGGGCACCUGUUUAGUCAACAUAUUUGAGGAUGUUCGAGUUCUAAUGUAGUUAUUGCUGGUCCGUUCAAAUGAAGGACUUCAUGCAUGCUUUGUUGCCCUCUAUUUUUGUUCAUUUUUUAAUGGAAUAGAAAAGUUGAGUUCAUGGGGGAAGUUCCCUUUGUAUAUAUUUCAAGUAUUAU